UAUUUAUUUACACAUCUAGUUAUAGAAGAUCUUUGAUUUUGCCAUGUAAACAGUUUUUGACGUUUGUUUGAAAUCCGUUAAUUUUUUUUUGAAUUUAUAAAAAGGAAUAGAAAAAAGUGAAUUUAGGCAAGUUUAGACCAAAUGCCAAUGACAAAGAAAAAAAGGCAGCUCAAAAGAGCAAAAAUGAAAUAUUUUAAAUAUGAUAAGCAAAAGAAUAAAGUAGACGAAGUAUCAUAUAAUGAUACUAAAAAUAAUGAAAUUGAUUUUGAAGCAGGCUCACCUUUAACGCCAGAAAAGGUGGAUAGUUUUGCUACUGAACUUAAGUCAACGCCUAUGAGAAAAAAACGUAUCCAUAAAAAUACUCCUAAUGAAUCUAUGAAUGUUACAAAUCUCAACAUACUGUUUGACUCAGAAUUUAUUUACAAUGCUCACCCAGGAAAUGAUGUCUUCAUUAGCAAAACGAACUCUGCUAGAAAACGAUCUCUAUCCAGCAUCUCAAAAUUUAGCUCUCCUGUUAAAGGAGAACCUUAUAGAAAACACAAACACACUCAAACACCCGAGAAGAAUGAUAUCAUUCUACCUAGUUGCAACACCAAUGAAGAAACACCUAAAUGCAGGAAAAUUUUCACCAUGCAAAAGAAUACUUUAGAAAAAAGUCAUAGGGUUAUUAAAAAUAAAUUUUUGAGUAAAAAGUUUCAAAAUGACAUCAACAUUAACCCUUAUCUGAAACAUAUGGAGCCUAACAAGAGGGAUGACAGUUACAGUGAGGCAUCUUUUUUUUGUCCUAAUUUGUUUCAGCCAUAUUCAUCGACACCUAUUCAAGCCGUUACAAAUCAUCGAGAUUUAGUUGAGAAUCUCGCAGAUGCUAUUUUUAGUCCAAAGACUCCAAAAUUUUGUACUAAUGUAAAUAUAAACAAGACUCCCAAGGAGAAGAUAUUGAAAAAAGAGAUCACUAUACAAAGCUUAAAAUCGUCUUCAUUCAACAUCUCUGCUGGAAGAAGAACCUUUAAAAAUUCUCUCAAAUCACCAGGAAAAACCCAUUCGACUAAGUUGAAUGGUUACUUUUCCAAAUAUGAUAUUAACAAAAAAUCUUCGAUGGAAGUUUCGUUUAAUAACUCUGAUACUGGUUGCUGUGAUAAUUUAUUUUCGAGAAUUAGAAAGUACUGCAAACUGACCCAAAACUGGACCGGAAAAAUUGUAAAUGUUUGUUUUCAUUUGGGCCUGCAGUUAAAGAAUACUGUAAGUUCCAUCUAUGCUGGUCACAGUAAUUCUCUUCAAGGAGACAUUCGAUUGUCUUGCCAUAGGUGCGAAGAAUAUCGAGCAGAAGUAUCAAAGUUGUCAUUAAAAGUCGUUGACAUUGAAAAUUUUAAUAAAAAACUUAAUGAAGAGAUGCAGAAGAUUAGAGAUGAAUUCAGUCAACUUACAGACGUUAAAAGUGAAAUAGAAUCUCUAAAAAACGAGCUAAAAACAAUAAAAAAUAAUCCUUCUGUGCCUAUGAUUCCCCCUCCACCACCGCCACCACCGAUGCCGCCUAUCGCGCCCCCACCACCGAUGCCGCCUAUCGCGCCCCCACCACCACCUCCUCCCCCUCCACCGCCUCCUCUAAUGUCAUUAGACUCGAAUAAGUUAACGAUUUCCAAGAAGAAGACGAGCAAUGGUGAAGAUAAAGAAAAUAGCAGGCCGGUGAUUUCUUUGGAGGAUAUUUUGAAAGUGAAAUUAAAGAAACCAAAACCAUACCAACCCACUCCGACUUCACGUCGCACCAGCCAGCCCACAGUGUCGCUCGACAUGUUGAGACAAGUCAAACUGAGACCUUCGUCCUCUAAGAGCGUUACAAUACCGGACAACGAAUCGAUAGAUGUAACGUUGAGCCCCAACACGAAUCUGUGCAGGUUACUGAAAAGCGAUCUUAUGACCUCCGGUAGAAGGUUAAAACGUUUGCGUAAAGUCGGUGGUUUAAGUUGUGAUUCUGUUUACAGGCGAAAGUUCGGCGAAGGAAGAGAUAGAUUCGAAGAAAUUUGAGUAGAACAAUGUGCAGGAUUGAUAAUAGUUUUAUAUACUUUACGUAGGUGGUUGAAUGGGUCUUUUUGCAUAGUGUCGAAAUUCCUGUUAAAAUUCAAGAAGGUGCUUUGGGGGUAAUUGGUAAUUUUAAGAUUAAUGUGUCAAUUUGGUUUUUAAAAAAUUCUCGUAUUUUUUUCAACUAAUUUUCAAUAUAAAUUGACGUGCAUAAAAGUUGAAAAAUGCAGAAACUAAAAUGACAAUUUUUUAUUUUAUAAGGUAUAUUUUUUUAGUUUUUGUAUCAAUUAUUUUUAUUGUAAAUUAAAUGAAUCCAUGACAGUCUAUAUUGUUAUUGUAUAUACAAUUUUUUAAUAUUUUUUUAUAUAUAAAAGAUGAAUCUAUUUUUGUGAAAAUUUAGCUUUUAAUAUAUUUUAUAUAUUUUUUAUUUCUUUGUAUUAAUGUAUUCUUUAUUUUUGUGACAAAUAUUUAUUUUUUUAUAAGGCAAAGUUAUGUAGCGACAUUUGUAACAUGUUCGUGUCAUACAAAUGACAUGACAUGAAAUUAUUAGUGAAAUAUUUUUUUGUAACGAUUUUGUUAAAAUAUUUUUGUAAAUGUAUUGUAAUAUUUUUUUAAUAAAGUUAUAUAUUUAAAUGUUU